GUCUCCUCGUUCCUGUUCACCCAAUCCACCUUUGCGAUUUGGGAAUCCGCAUUUUUAGCGCAACGAAACGGGCACGAAAAGCUGCAUCUAUUUGCUCGCAUGGGUGUUAGGGCACCCCGCUACCUGCUGCUCGUCACCGUUGGGGCUUUUUUCUUUCUGCUGGGUUCGUCACGAGACGUCCCCGGCUGUCACUUCAUAUCAACGACCAACCCCCCCCUCCCCUGAGUGGCAGAGACUUCCACGCCGCAUCUCAACUACCAACGUUUUGUGCUAUUGUCAGAGGAGUGCAGGUUAUUUUGAUACCUGACCUGGGGAAGACCCAACGUUCGGUGGGACCGAACGGUUGUGUUGGUAACGCCAACUGGUUUCCGGAUCAGACGAUUGGAAUUCACGCGCAUGGAAUUACGGUACGAGGUUUAUGUUUGGGUUUUGUUGGGGCGACGACGAUCUAGUAUGAGGGAAUUGGGAACGGUAUAUUGAAGCAUAUAUAUACGAAAGGGCAACAGACACCAUGGGCGAGAUCAAGGAAUCGAGCUUUCAGGGGCCGAUCAGGCCACCACUGGCGAUGCCCUCUGCGCCGGGGAUGCCAUCGACACCUACUGGCACCAAUCCGUCACCCGUCCGGCCGAAGCUCUACCGUCGCCAGUCUCGCUUCACGGAAGAGCCCAUGACGGAGAGGACGCCUGCCUGCUCAGCGUCGAUCCACUCCUUUGAUCCCUCCGCCCUUGACGACCCAAACGUCAAUACUCUCACACACACAAACACCGUUCAGCAAUUCCGCACCGCGAACAGGACCGUCAGUCGAGACCUAAGCCACAGGAGCAGCAACCUCAGACGGGACCUGAACAGCUUCUCCUUUGGAGGAGCACCAGCAACCCCCGUCCUACAAGAAGAGUCCCCAACAGCAAUAUCAAGAACGGGGACCCUCGACCCCCCACCGCAACCCCUAUCCUCCCCAACUACAGCAGAGAUCCCACCACCAUCUGGCCCUCUCCCACUACAUCAAUCAGCAGGCCUAUCCCCUGAAGAGAAAAGACGGGUUUGGCUCCGGUUAGCAAACUCGGUAUUGCACUCCGCGCCGACGUUGGUGCUGCUGUAUAUAAUGUCCACCUCCAUCUCGGCGUUCAGAUCGACCGCCAAAUUCUCCUCCCCGGGCAUAACCCUCCUCUCAAUCCUCUACCUCGACGCAAUCCUCAACAUCAUCACCUGCUUCCGCAUCCGCUCCCCCUGGCCAAGAUGGCGGUUAUCCCUCCGCUUUCUUUUCGGGCUAGGGUACAUGGUCCUCUUUUUCGUGUACAUCGGUCUCGGAAAUGAGGUUUUCCCCAAGGGGUAUACCUACUGGAACGUGCCAGACAAAAUGGCUACACCGCUGGUGUAUAUCUUUCUCUGGUGGUUAGCCGCGUGGGAUCUGGCACACCUGCCGGUGUGCAGACCGGAGCUGUUUAGGUGUGCUAGGAAACGGGAGGGACAGCAGGAAGGGAGGAGACCGAGUGUUGCCUUGUCGGAAUUGCACCCUACCAGCUUUCGGGCUAGGGUCCCGAGUAGUGUUGGGGGGGAGAGCGUGGUGAGUUAUACCUGGAGGAGGUGGGUGCAACGGACCAGGACGCAUAGCACGGGGGGUGUUCACUUUCAUGAGAUGGGACAUAAUGAUGUGGAGAUGGGACCUACCAGGACGAGGACGAGGGAGGGGGAUGUCAUUGAUGAGGGUGAGAGUAUUAGUGGGAGGAGGUCGGAGUCGAUGAGGACGGGGACCGCGCAUAGUGGGGAGGUUACACUAAAGGGGGAUGAGUUUGAGAGGAGGAGUGGGGAAAAGGAGAAGGAGGCUGAAGCUGGUGGCGCUGGGAAGAGAGGAGAGGAAGGCGGGCGGCUGGAGGAAAGCCCGAAGACGGUGAGGGCUGCUGAUGUUGGGCAAUGAGGUUGUCUCUUGUGGGAGGUGCUGGUUGUGGUUGGGUUUUGCUAGGUCUCGGGGCUGGAACGGUGACAAGGUCUCGACUAUCAUGACCUGCGGCUUCAUCAGACCUGUUGGUGAUCUACCAUCAAAUCAGCCUUCAUCAGCCUCCUCAAGAGCGACACAAGGGGUAUUUCUUUCGGAGUUGGAACAUUUGGCAUAGCGUUGUUGUUGUUUGUUUGUUGGCUUGGGCAAGCGGCGUGGGUUUGAACGGAAGAGAUGAAAGACGAUCACGAGGUCAAGAAAGACAUGCAUUUCAUACACGAUCAUUAUCAUCAUCACGAUACCCCCCUUUUUUUUAAUCUCGAACACUUCCUCAUUUCCACAAAAAGUAUAUAAAGUGCAUAGUAUGUAAUCAUCAUAAUAGCCCACUACACCUCUACUUGUAAUCAUCUAAUCCUAGUAUAAUUUCCACUCCUC